AUGCCACGCAUUUUUGGUUCACCAUCAUCUUUGCCUUCCAAUGACCACAGUGGUAGAACCAGUCGUCAAGCACCUUGGGCUACUACAGAUUUGUCUCCUGGUCCUAUCAACAAUCACACAGACAAUAAUAUAUAUCAACCUUCACCACAGCGCUCAAUACCUUCAUCGAAUUCUGCUUCACCUGCUCGACCUGUCAAUGAACAAAGCCCGUUUCUAGUCAAUCAAGAUCAACAGCAACAGUCACCUACCAUAAGUGAUCAUCCGUUUACUCAACAAAUAGGUGAUGAAACAACAAGUGAAAAAAAUGGAACACCUUCUCUUGAAUUUUUCAAAAUUAGUCAUCUACCUUUUCUCAGUAAUACCCGAAGUAUUUUGGAUGUGAUUGCAGUGUCAGCAUUUUGGUUACAUAUCAUUCUUUUGGACAAUGACGCAAUGGUCUCUAUUUUAGCAGCUUUGUCAUCUAUUCGUAUAUUACGAUUCCUUACCAUGACAGAAGGCACAACAAUCAUCAUGCAAUCUUUGGAAACCUGUUUCCUCAUUUUAUGCAAUGUAUUUGGAUUUUUUGUUUUUUUCUGGUUAUUAUUCUCAUUACUGGCUCUUUUCCUGUUUACAAAUUCUUUUUCUCGUCGAUGUGCUGUCAUACCAGAAGGUGAUAUCACUUAUGCUAACCCACCACAGAUGUGCAACAGUUAUUAUGAUUCAAUAUCUCAUAAAUCUGGUGUAUUUGUUCUUGAUACUGGCGACAUGAUAACUAGUCGUAGCAACGAUGGAUAUACUUGCAAGUUGGGACAGGCAUGUAUUCAAAGUGCCAAGAAUUUACCUGGAUGGUCAUAUAUCAACUAUGAUAACAUUUUUUAUGCCAUGCUCAAUAUAUUUACGGUGAUUUCUACAGAAGGUUGGACUGAUUUGAAGUAUAUGAGCCAAGACUCUAUUUCCACUAUGGCUUCUAGUAUCUUUUACUGCUUUUGUCUUUACUUGAUGACAUUUAUUUUGGUUCCCAUGUUUAUUGCCGUCAUCACAACAUCUUUUUCCAAUCUUCGUGGUACUAUUCGGCAAAGUGCCUUUGCCAGUCAACGUAAAACAAGGGAUCAUCAAAGAACAGAUGAAGAGACAGGCAACGAUAACAACGAUGUGAAUGAUGAUUGGGUAUAUGAAGGACAUCAUGGAGCAAGUAAUCCAUUGAUCCGCCGUUCUCAUCGCUUACACCGGAAGUUGAACAAUAUCAUCACGAGUAAAUGGUUUGUGCUUUCUGGAAGUGUAUUAGUGGUUAUCAACACGGUGAUUAUGGCCAUCUUCAGUGCUGAAGCUCCUGGAAAGCAUACAACAAAAAUGUUUUUGAUUGAAUCUGGAUUUUGUUUGGUAUUUUUGAUCGAACUGAUUAUUCGAAUUUGUGGUCAUGACAACUUUUCACAGUUUUGGGACUCAACUCAUAUCCUUUUUUAUAUAUAUAAAAUACAUCUACGGAAUCAAGUGGAUACUUUUCUUGCCAUUGGAUGCCUAUGUACAACUCUAUUUGUAUCUUCUUCUAGUCGAUUGUAUCAAUUCUUACAAAUAUUUGCAGUAGCAAGAACUUAUCGAUUAGUGUAUUUUUUUCCAAGAGUUUUGCAACUUUUGUCGGAUGUGAUUGGUGAUGGCCAAGGGAUUAUCAAUUUGACCUUCUUUACCUUUAUCGUACUGUUUCUUUUUAGUCCUAUUGCUGUCCAGCUUUUUGGUGGUGAUUUUCAAGGCACAGCUGGAAUGGAUGAUCCUGUGAUGCGAUUCGAUAAUUUUUAUCAAUCCUUCCUAUCUCUUUUUCAAAUCAUGACAGGUGAAAACUGGACGGAUAUUCUCUAUGAUGCUAUGCACAGUCAAUCGUAUUCAACAGUGGUAUUCGCUGGGCUCUUUAUGUUAUUUCUCUAUAUGGCUAUUCAUUAUAUGGUGCUCAAUCUCUUUAUUGCUGUUAUCUUGGAAAACUUUGAUUUGGAUGAAGAUGAAAUCAGGCAAAUUCAAAUCAAGAAAUAUAUUCGUCAACAUCGAUGGCAACCUGAAUACUUUCAAUUGGACGUUAUAAGCAGAUUCCUACUGCCCAUGUUUGUGAAACAAGAGCAAAGAGGUUUAAAAGUGGAGGACUUACCUCAAACAUUAGUUGCACCUGUGAAAAAAUCCGACUUUCAAGACUUUUUAGAACAAGAAGAGGAACCAAACCUUGAACAAAUGUUAUCUAGACGUUCAUCUCGGUCAAACUCGGUCCAAGUACGAAAAUCAUUAAGACGUACAGCGUCAAACGUUGCUCAAGUGUCUGUACCUAGUGAUCUAAUUAUCAAUCAAGAUUCUGUGGAUCCUCUGGUCAAAUAUGGUGAUGAAUACGAGUUGAAUGUGGCCAAAGAAAACAAAGCAAUGGUACUUGAAAAUCUGAAUCUCUUCCGAAGCAUGGUAAUGCUCAAGCCAAGUAAUCCUAUCCGUCACUGGUGUGCCAAAGCAACAAAUCGUAUCUCCUAUGCUGCUGUUAUGGUUUCUUUUAUUUGCUUAAGUUUGGUACUUGCCAUCUAUACCGACUAUCAAUUUCGAACGACUCAUCCUGAAGCAACGCAAGUCAUGGAAUAUAUUCAAAUUGGAUUAUUGGUUGUGUUUUUUAUAGACAUAGUUGUGCACAUGAUCAAUACCGGGGUCAUCAUGCUGCCAGAAUCAUACUUACGAAGUAUAUGGAAUGAUUUGGACUUUGCUUCACUCAUUGCGCAAGUGAUUGUGAUGAUAGUUUUGAAGGAUAAUCACAAUACCAACGAAAGAGCUAGUAUUCUUCGAUGCUUACGAACACUACGGAUUAUGCAUUUGAUACGUUACAUUCAUGGAACACGAGUGAUCUUUUUAGAUAUUAUGUAUGGACUUCCUAAACUAUUGGAUGCGGCUACUCUCAAUCUUUUGGUGUUUAUUCCUUUUGCUAUUUACGGGUGUUUCCUCUUUGGUGGAAGGUUUUCUCUUUGCAACGAUGGUGAUGUUGGUGGUAAAUCUGGCUGUUGGGGUGAAUAUCAAUCAACUGAUGACGAUAAUCAAGGUAUAUUUAUUCCUCGAGUUUGGCGUAAUCCGUACGAUUAUUCCUUUGAUACGUUUGAAAAGGCUCUUCUCCAUUUGUUCGAAUGUGCUUCUGGUGAAGGUUGGAUCUUAUCUCUCUUUACAGCAAUGAGCGUGGCACCCUCCUUAUAUUCACAACCCAAAUUUAAUUGGUUUGAAUCAUCUAUCACUUACUCUAUCUAUUACAUUGUAUUUAUGUUUGUAGCUUCCUUAUGUACUAUUCAAUUAUUCAUUGGCGUAUUCCUGGAAACAUUCAAACAAAGAAGUGGCAUAUCCUCACUGACAAAUGCUCAACGACAAUUUCAAGAUUUACAACGUCAACUCUCCUUGGUCAAACCAUCAAGAAAAGUGGGAAGACCUGAAGGAAAUCUUCGAGCCAUGUGUUAUGAUCUUGUUAUUAAUCGACGUGGAAAAUUUGCUCAAAUCAUGGCUUUGGUAUCUAUGGCUAAUAUUAUUGGUCUUGCUUUCCGUCUAGCUCAAAGGAUUGAUUCUUUGGAUACUCUGUUAAGAACCACUCAGAAAGCACUUCCAUCCAUUGGUUAUGUCACUGGUGCAUUCGUAUUGGUGAUGCUUUGUUUCGCUGUUAUAUUCCAAGAAUUAUUUGAUUGGACAAGAUAUGGACCUUAUGGAAGCCAUAAUGCCAAUUUCCGAACUCUAUCAACAGGUUUCUUAACCCUAUUUCGAAUUACUACAGGAGAAAAUUGGGACUUUUUGAUGCAUGAUUUUGCGGUGGAACCUCCAAAUUGUGUUCAAGGGAAAGAUUGUGGUUCUCCAAUUGCUGCCUAUACACUAUUUAUUCUCUUCUACGUGGUUUGUACAUAUAUCUUUGUCAAUUUAUUCACAGUGGUUGUUAUCAAUAAUUUUAGUUUUACAUUCGAUAAACGGAACAAAUUCACUCAACUGACGCGAGCAGAUCUUAGGCAUUACAAGUCAUCAUGGGAGGAAUAUGAUCCAAAAGCCACUGGGUUCAUAAAAAAGGAUGAUGUUCCUGGUUUUUUACGGAGUCUUCAAGGAACAUUGGCUAUGCGAAUCUAUGGAAAAUCUCACAGUUUGGCAAGUCUUCUCAAAGCUAGUGAUCAAAUGGAUGCGGAUAUGACUCAUCUUGCCUCAGUUCCUUUGAGCUCAUCACGGCUACAAAAUCAAUUUGCAUCCAACAAUAUCCUUGGUGAAAGAUAUUACAACUACUAUGAAGUCAACAAAAAACUUUCAGAUAUGGAUGUACCACUUGUGCGUGCCAACAAAGAGGAAUAUAAUCGUGUUUAUCAUGAAAUUCUAUUGACAGCGACAUCAAGGGGAAUUGCGUUUCAUUCUGUUCUUCAAAUCUUGGCCCUUCGACUUGUUGAUACAACAAAAGCUCUCACGUAUGUUCAUUUUGAUUUUUAUUUUUAUAUUUAG